CCGCUGUAGGCUAUAUAUCUAUCUUUUUAACUUAUUGGUUUACUUUUUCAGAUAUUUUCAUGAGAAUAUGAUUAUGCUAUGUCAAACUGGGCUAAAAUGAUCUUUGUUAAAAUGUAUCUGAAGUGACAUUACUCCAUUAGACUACAAAUAGGCUAUCGUCAGACUGCCCACAGAAGUUUUUGUCAUUGGAAGUGGCAUGGAUCAGAUAAGAUUUGGCAUGCUACUUAGAACUAUUGUUUUACAAUGUUUUAUCAUGAGGAAUGUGUUUUCCAUUCAGAAAAGAGAAUGGAUUGAUACCCCAACAACAAAAUUAACAGAAGGAGAUGCGGCAUGUUUUUCUGAAUACAUGGAGAUGUGGAUCCACAGGGCAAGGAUUGAAGGGCUGGGAGUCUGGAUGUCUGGGGCCUUACAGAUCCAAGCCGACCUUGCAUCUCUGGAUUACCUAAACCUCCAGUUGUCUGCCUGUGGAUUCUCACUGCACAAAGACCCUGACGAGAACUUUAUUUUUAGAGUCCGUUACACUGGAUGUUAUGUCCAACAACAGCACGGCUACAAUAUCCUGACACUGAAUUUGGUGAAGAGGAUAAAUCGAUUUGGAGGCAGACCUCAUAGUUUUGUGAUGAAGUGUCCUGUGGUUUCUGUGCUGCCCAGCAGAGAGCAAAUCCAGUGUGAUUCAGAAUAUAUUCAGGUGACCAGACAAGUUCCCUAUGACAACUGGGAUAAGGAACUGCACUGGUCACUGUCUCUGAGCGACCACCUCGUUGUAGCUCUGGAGGAUGCCAGCCUGAUCCAGAUGAACAUUGACACGAGUGGACGAGACAUUACAGUUCAAGGCAGGAGGAGGGAGGUCAUGAGCUCUUUCAAAGUCAUGGAAAAUGAAGGGGAAUUCUUGGCUUUGAAGCUGGUCAGUGGUCAAUAUGCCUACAGUUUGGAAGCUACGUGCCCAAAAGUGACCACAGCCACAGCAGAGGAGACCGUGCUGCACAUUUUCAAACGACACAUGGGUUUGACCAAGCGAGGCAGCUAUGACAACGAAGCACUGACAGUCAGUAAUGUGUCGGUGAACCAGACAGAUUAUUUCACUGUACAUGAGACGAGUGAAUUUGUAACACUGAUCAUUCCUACAGCUCAUAUACUCCACACCAAGGCCUGCGCAGACAGCAAACAACUCCUGCAGCCAUUCUACUGGGUGGAUGUUGUGCUCACCUUCAAAGAGACAAAUCACAAAAUGCACUGGACCAUGGAGAACACACUGCCAUGCACAGCCAGGCAUGCUGCGUCACACAUCACAUCCUCUCCUGGACCAAACACCACAGCCCCGUCCGCGCUCAACUUUAAACAUGAGGAUUUAACUACAGAACAGCUGUCAUCGGACCACUCCACAGUUCCUAUAGGGAAGCUAAAUGAAGAGAUGACCGCCGAGUUUUCCAAAACUAGUUCACCUCACACACAUAUGGAAACCCGCAGUUUCAUUCUCCACAUUGAUGAGAUGUCAAAUUUAUCUUCCGGGUUUGAUGGGGACAACAUUACUUCCAUUAAUGCAACUGAAACAAGCUUUUCUGAUUUUCAAAUUGCAACCGUAACUACUUCAGCAGAGCCAGAUUUCCUUGAGACAUCAGCCACAGCUGAACCACCAGAAACGACUUUCCUCACAACGGUUCCAGCUGAACACCAACAAUUCAAAACACCCAGUGGGAAUAAAGACCUGCCAAAGCAGAGGAGACUGAAGUGGAUUUGGGAGGCGUAGAAACCUAACAAAUAUGUGUGUCCCAUCACUAAAAGUUUUAAAUGGAUUAUUAAAUGUAAUUUUCUUAGUUCUGUGUGUGAUAAGUCACACUAGACUCAGUGCAGUGCAAAUGCAGUUUGAACACUUGCUUGAGGCCUCCUGAUUCACUUCUUUUGUUUUAAUUCUCAUCGGUGUCACGUGUUACAUGUCUGCUUGCAGUCUUGAAAGGUGAUGCUGUGGUCAGUCUGUGCUGUGAAGGUUGAUUAUACAAGCAGAAAUACAGCCAGACCUCUGCCAGCCGCUGCCUGAGGCGGGACAUUAUCCAGACACAGACAAGGCAGGCGUUAAAUAAACAUGUCUCUAUCCGAGCAGCACAACAGGCUGAUGUAGCGAAGACCCUGCAGUUGCUACAGCUGAUGCCACCUUCUAGAGAAGACGUGUGUUAUAGAAACUUGUAAUAAAGUCUUGAUUUUCAAUGACA